CUGACCAUGGCGGCGCCGAACGGAGCGGGGCUGCGGUUGCGGGGAUGAAGCCCGGACACCGGGGCGGGUCGCCGCCGCCGCCGGGAUACAGGGCACCAGGUGUUGAAAUGGAAGGGGACCUCCCUUCAGGAGACUCGGCCCUUAUUAACCCGAGGAAUACAGUAAAUACAGCAGGUUCUGCCUCAGAAAGUCACCUUGAACAGUGGCGAAGCACUCCGAAAUCUAAAGCUUCUUUAGAGAAUGUUAGCUGUUCAAAAUCUAUUGGAGAUUCAAAGAUGAACUUUGGGAAAAUGCAAGACUUUGCUUUAACAAAUACAGCAAGAUAUAAAACUGGCCCUAUAAAAGCUACUCAUGCAGUUCCAACACUGAAUGGCUCUACCAAAAAUAAUACAAAUGUGGAUCUGGAGAAUACUACCAUUCAGAAACAACGCAAUGAAUUACAGCUGCUUGUAGCAGAACUAAAAGAUCGGGAUAAAGAGUUAAAUGAAAUGGUGGCUGCACAUCAGAAGCAGCUCCUGGCAUGGGAGGAGGAUCGCCUGCGCAUACUCAGCCUAGAAGAGAGAUGUGCCAAAGUGGAGCAUGAACUGCGAAACAGGAACGAGAUCAUCAGAACUUUAAGUACACAACAAAAGAUUUUGGAAUCCCAACAAGCUGAUUGUCUAAAAACACUCAACUGCACCCAGCAAAGGCUGAAGGAAAUGUCUGAAAAAGCAGCAGAGUCUGCUAGCAACUGUGAAGAGCUAGAGGACAGGAACAAAAGUCUGAAUUCCUCUGUGAUGGAGCUGUCUGCCCAGGUGGGACAGUUACAGGCACGUGAACAGGAGCUCGCUACAAUGCUAGAAUUAAAGGACAAAGAUAUGGUUGAAGCUACCAAUCACAUCAUGGACCUUACAGCUAGGUUUAAAACCUUGGAGGGUGCACUACGAGAAGCCAGGCUAAAUGAGACAAAUUCAAGAAAAGAGGUUCAUGAUUGCAAACAGCAUUCAAAGAAACUACGACAUGAAAUCUGCAAGCUUAAGGAUGAGUUGGAUGAAAAAACAGUAGAAAAUAAUGAGCAAAGGGAAGAAAUAAUUCGGCUUAAACAAGAAAGACAAUAUCUGGGAAGUGAGCUUACAUUAGCUGUUGAGCGGGAGAAGAGAAAAGAUCAGAUUCUGGAACUGGCAAGAUCUAAACAGGAGCGAGCUGACACGGAACUGCAUGGUCUUCGGCAGGUAAACGAAAAGCAACAACAUGACUUGCAGCUUCUUCAUUUGAAUCUUGAAAGUUCUCAGGAAUUGAUCAAAAAGCAGGAAGAGAAAAUUCUUGAAAUUAGUUCUGGUAGACUUUUCUCAGAUUCCAAAUAUAUUGCACAGAACAACAAUGGACAGAAUAAGGUAGAGGGGCAAGAACGUAAAAAUGACAUCGUCUUAAAAAAAUGGAAAAAGGAGCCAACGAAAGAUCAUAAAAAAGAAUCCAUGACCAAUAGACAUAUAGAAGAAGCAGCCAAGUCAACCCAGAAUCUUGAUGCUGAAUUAAUUCCAAUUAGUACCAAAGAACAGGGCCACUUAUUAGUCACAGAAGGACGCAAUACUGUCAAUUGUAGAAAUUAUAGCUCGUCAGAUUGUGCAAAUGCUCAAGUUGUCUUUCCUCUUGAACUUGAUCAGUGUACUAAUGGAAAUCUGACAUUCAAGACCCACAAUCUUCAUUGUAACGCUAAUGAUUCUAAUAAGAAGCCUACAAAAUAUGUUGUGCCAAAGCAAAACUGCAGGUAUUCAAGUGCAAAUGAUAGUGGCUCACCUCAGGGAAGAGAAAACAAUGCGCAGCAAGUGUCAAGGAAUCAAAAAUGGAGAUUUGAAGGAUCUGCUGAUGCUGGCAUCAUGGAACAUGAGAAUGUAGCAUAUAUAAAUACUGAUCACCAUAGUCCCAGCUGCAACACUUCUUCCCAUUGCAAAGGUAGCAUAGUCAGCACAUCAACAGACAACCAUCACUCUCUUUGUUCAAAGCCAAGUACAACCUCUAUUAUUUCAACAAAAGAAGCAGCAAAGACUGUUGAGGAUCAUAACCUGGAAGACAAAUACAAUAAUGAACUGAGUGAAUGUGGAAUGAGUGAAGAAAUGUCUCAGAUGCCUGCAAGAAAUGAAACUGACCAGGAGGCUUCAAUGUCGGAACAAGAUUGGAUGAAGCUUUAUCAGCCAGCUGUUGAUGUAAAAGAUUUGUGGUGGCUGUACCUAAACGAUGGUUCAGCAUCCUCGCAUGGGUUAGGUAGUCCUACUGCUGUGGAAAAAAAGAGUGAUGAACGGCUGGAACUGAAUGCAUAUGGUUUGGAGUCACCAGUACGUUCUGUGAAUUCCUCACCAGUGAGAGAAAGGCCCAGGGGAAAGAGCAACCUCCAUGGUGAGCUUUGUGGGAAUGACUCUGUUUCACCAGCAAGACUGAGCUCCACUGAGGACAAUGCAAUGGCAUCUUCUAAUAAUGCUUACCGGGAUGACUGUUCACCAACUACUAAACUGCAACGCCUGCUCGCUGAAUCUCGACAGAUGGUUGCUAGUCUGGAGCGCAGCACUCAGCUUCCUCUUGGGUUGGCAUCCUGUGCCAACAGCAACAGCAAUGCAAGGGAUGGUGGUUCACUCUAAUGUAAGAAGAUUUCAUUCAGUGAAUGUUACUCCUGCUUGAUGAGGUAAAAUGACUGGAAAUUCCAAAGCGGAGUAAAUGCUAAAACAAGGUUCUUGGCUGCAAAGGAAAGAAUAUUGAACUUUCAAGCUGAAUCACAGUUACACAAUGUUUACCAAUGGACCAGAUACUGAUUUGUUUUAGGAUGCAGAUAUGAAAAUUGCAAAUAAAUAAAUGGAAGCAAUUGUUGUUCAUGCACAGCAAUAACUGAGAUAGUAUUUCAAGUUAGACACUUCAUUUUCAUGUGUACAUCACAUUUUCAUGUUUAUAUCUGGUCAGGUUAACCAUAGCAUUUCUACGGAAAGUAGAUGUGAAAAUGUGUUCAGCUCAGUGCUCUGAGUAAAAUCUCAAUUUCUACAAAUUGUGAGGUUAUUGUAUAUAAGUUAGGAAGAAUCAUUGUUAUUGUUUAUAUAAUCUGUUUGAACAAAUAUUGGGUAAUAAGAUUUGGGUUUCUGAAAAGACAUUCAAAAUGAAGAGAUGGCUGUGCUAAAGUAUGAAAUUUAUUACUGUUGAAGAAGCUUUUCUUAGAUGGAUGGACAGUAUUUUUUCACAAACUGAGAAAAAAUGUAAGAUUAGUAAUUAUUUCUACAGUUUAUGGCUUGAUACUAAGACUGAUAACUAAAUCCUUAAAGCCAACUGUGGCAAAUGUCCCCAGACCAGAACAAAACAGACCAGAUUCCAAAUAUUUAGAUUUAAAACCUCCCAGUUCCUGCAAUUUUUUUAAAUGACCUAAGUAUAAAGAGCAAGGUACAUCAGUUUGAUUAAAUCAUGAUGCUCAGGGACUCUGGUAUAACAGCUCCAGCAGACCACACUGUUUAGAGUCUUAAAGAGGAGAGGAAAUGCAUUGGAGAGUUUUCCUUCGCCACAGCAUAAAUAAACCAGCUAGUUAUGUAGGCAUUCCCUUUCAAGAUAUUCAGUUUCAGUCAUAGAUAUGAAAUGCAUGUGAUAGUAACAGGUGAAAAUUAAAAUUCCAGUGAGCCAUCAGCACGUAGAGGACUUGUCCAAUUCUUUUACAUUUGCUGUGAAUUUCCCUGCAGGUGAGUAUUCCUGCAGUGGAUGAUCCAUGUGAAAGAAGCCAAUUGUUCCUGAUCUACUAGGUCUCCUUUCACUUGAAUGCUAUAGUUCCGCUUGGGUAGAAUAAGAAAUUUCUAGAAUUUUACUUCUAGAAGGAAACAAACCUUGUUCCUUGAGCAUGACUUUUUGGUAGCCUUUUGUUUAGAAAAAUCUUGUUCUAAUUCCCCAAUUUUCAUUGUAGUAAUAUAAACCUAGCAAAUUUCUGUUUCUGAAUCUAUUUCUGAUACAUAGUGAAAGAACUGCAAGCAAGGAAUCUAAUUCAGGAAGGCAGCAAAUUUAUGUAUCAAUUCAUUAUGCAGAAUACCUUAAAUACAAUUGAUCUGUCAAGUGUUUAUUUGAAAGUUUAUCAUUAGGCCCACAAGUAACAUUUACACUCUAGAAUUGUUACAUUUCUGUCCAUGUUUUAUACUUAAGAAAAUUGUCAUUUGUAUUGAAGUAUGUUUGCUUUUAUACAAGAUAUCAGAGCUCAAGCAGACCAUUUGACCCUCGAGGUUGUUCUGAAAUUCAACUAGAACUUGGGCAACCUUUCAUCUAAACUCCACUCCUGCAUAUUCCUUGCUUCCUUUACAUUCCAAAAGUUUAUCGAUCAUGGUCUUGAAUAUACUCAACUAUUAAGAACCAUGAUUAUCUGGUGGUGAAUUCAGAAUCCUUUGUAAAGAGAUUUGUCAGAUUUAAACAGGCAGCCCUUGUCUGGAGAUGGUGACUUCUAGUUGUAGUCUUUCCAGCCAAGGGAAACGGACGCAGUAAGUCCUCUGAUGCCCUGUCCAAGUAGCCAACCACCCAUGAGAAGUUGACUAAGCUAUUAGGCAAGUGGAGGGAAAGGCAGCACUCAAAGACAAUCUAGAUUCUCUGAUCACUUUCAAUUUGCAUUUUAUUAUGAGUACUAAGUAGUGAUCAGGAGUGAUGCUAUUUUAGCAUUGAAGGCAAUUAUUGGUCUGGCAGAGAUCAGCACAUGCAGGGAUUGAAAGGAUUCUUUCAUCAUCCAGGUAGAUUGGUACCACAUUGAAUUACAUACUGUAUUAAGAUGCCCUUUCUGCAUUAAUUUUUUCAUUGAGAUUCAUUUUGUCUUCAAAAAUGAGCAGUAAAUAUUGACUUGUAAAUAUUGAACUAUUUUAAUCUUUUUAAAGUUCGUUGUAUAAAAUUGUAAAUAUUUUUUAUUUGGUGGUCCCCUUAUUGCAUAACUAAUAUACUCACUCAUUGUGUCUAUGCAUAUAUCUAUUUAAUGUUAUUAAUGAUUAAUAUAAAUCUAUCUUUUUCAACUUUUUCAAAUUUGAGGUUUCUUGUAUUAGACAGUGCGAUGGAUCAUUUAAUUUAAAUAUCCAGUCAGUCAUGUUGAUAGCAAAUGUAGUAAGUUUACAUUUUUAAACAAACCGGUGUUUUUGGUAAUGGAGUAUUCAAGUUGAGUUUACAGCCUCAACUAGGAUAAGGACACUGCCUCCACUGUAUAGAUGAGUGCCACUGAUUCUCUGGUCAAACGUGUGAGAGAUGGUGGAGUAAUCACUAUGUGAGAGUGAAUUAAACUGCAAGGACAUUUGCCACACAACCCCAUACAAGCAAUUAUUCCUCUUCUUAGGUUAACAUUUCCAACACUGGUUAAAGUUAACUCUCACCAGCCUUUCCUUCCCAAUUGAAGGAUGUUGUUGGAAAAGAGAUUUUAGCACAUUUGUUAUGAAGGUAUGUUAUUGCAUGGGACAACAAAGUAAUAUUUAUAGUUCUGUAUUUAACUAAUUUCUACAUGUGUGUCAUUUUUGUAUUUUUUUUCACUUAAGUCAAACUGUACAAUACAUUUAUAGUUUUAUUAAGGAGAUCAAAGUACUUAUUUUCACGGUUAUACGCAGCAUUAAUUCUACCAGUAGAUUUAACAUUUUUUAACUUAAGAGUUUCUGAGAACGCUGCAAAAUAACUGACUUAUUUUUAAGCAAUGUAAUUGCAAGUUUUGUACUUUUUUAACAUAAAAGUUUAUUUAAAUAUGAAAAAAGUGUAUAUUUGGU